GUCAUGUUACAAUUUGACCAGAAACCGCAGUAUUGACUCGAGGACUUAUUCCUUAUAAAAAAAGAUAAACUAUCUACGGUACUUGGUAUUUAAAAGAUACCAAUGUCAUUUGGGUGGUCUUUGAAUGAUGUGGUCACCCAGGGAAACAAACGUUCCAAAAUGUCUCACCAUGUUCCCACCAUAACCAGCUGGGACAUCAAUGAUUCCUUGGCUGCAGACUUUGAUGGAUCUCUCUCAGGCCUUGGUUCUGAACUUGGAACAACAAGUUACAAUAUGAGUGAAGCCCUCCUGGCAUUGCCUGUAUUCAAAUCAGAGAAUUUGGACAAUGGAUUUCAGUAUAUCCUUGGAGCAGCAACCUCUCCUGCUGUAAAAUUGAAUGAAGAGACUUUGACCUACUUGAAUCAAGGGCAAUCAUAUGAGAUCAAACUGAAAAAGCUUGGUGAUUUAUCAGAUUUUCAAGGAAAAUAUCUCAAGGUGAGUACCAAGGAUGGAGUGUUAAAAGAAGUCAUUUUUAAAUGUUAACCAAAACCCU